CGCCAUUUUGUUCCAGUUUGUGCUUCAGACAAAACCCGGUGUAAUUUGUUGGAGCUCUGCGCUGCUGAAUGUCCUCGAUAGAAACUUAGAUUCUCGCCUAGUGCUGGUUUCGAUGGGGGGUUUAUUCGCGUAGAAUAAAUCUGGAAUCGCUUUUGUUGAAAUUUUGAGUUGUGGAUUAGUAAAAUUUUGACGAGAAGUGCAAUAUGCCCAGCCAUCCGCUUCGCGUAGCGGUGGUGUGCUCGAGUAACCAGAACCGCAGCAUGGAAGCACACAACAUCCUCAGCAAGCGCGGUUUCGAUGUUCGAUCUUUUGGCACUGGAAGCCACGUGAAACUCCCAGGACCUGCUCCAGACAAGCCUAAUGUGUAUGACUUCAAAACCACUUACGAACAGAUGUACAGCGAUCUGGUCCGAAAGGACAAGGAACUAUAUACACAGAACGGCAUCCUGCACAUGCUGGAGCGCAACAAGCGCAUCAAAACAAGACCUGAACGUUUCCAGAACUGUAAGGACCAGUUUGACCUGGUCAUCACCUGUGAAGAGAGAGUGUACGACCAGGUGCUGGAGGACCUGAACUCUCGUGAACAGGAAACGUUCCAGCCGGUGCAUGUCAUCAAUGUGGACAUCCAGGACAACCACGAGGAGGCCACGCUCGGAGCUUUCCUCAUCUGUGAGCUGUGUCAGUGUAUUCAGCACACUGACGAUAUGGAGAAUGAUAUCGAUGAGCUGCUGCAGGAGUUUGAGGAGAAAAGUAGUCGUCCGUUCCUCCACACAGUCUGCUUCUACUGAUUUCUGUUACACACACACACACACACACACACACACACCUUCCCAAGGCCCAGCUGGACUGGUCACACUGACGACAUUCUGAUCUCAGAUGCAGCAUGCACCGCCUGUAUUAAUAUCUCUCUCUCUCACUCCCCCCAACCCACACACACACAGAGAGAGCCUCAUAACACACUUUCAUCUACAGUUAUUAAUUUCUGAACACAGGACAAAGCCGUUUUUCUCUGAGGAUAUUUUGUAUUAUGAUUAUUGCUCUAAAUAUGCUGAAUAAUAAUAUUCAGGUUGUGUAGUUUGGAGAGGAUUAGCCGUGUGUGUGUGUGUGUGAGAGAGAGAGAGAGCAUUGACAUUUUUACUUGAAUACAGAUGAUGAUCCAGAUAAUGAGUUUCAGAUGUAAUUUCUGUUUGUGUUUAUAGUUAUUUUAUUUAAAUGUUAUGGAAACUCUUCAGGAUGUUAGUUUUGUUUUUUUGUAAACUGUAAGCGAGUGUGAUUGUCAGUCCAGAGUGCCUGAACAUUUGUGUAAAUAGUACACUUAAACAAAAAAAAAAACAUAAAAUAAACCUUCCAGUGAAAUGCAAUGAAUA